UCUGGUGCUACCAAGGUUGUGACUCGGUUCUGUCAGUUAAUGGAGUCCCAAACUGUUCAGCUUCGAUUUUCUCAUGACUGUCAAACCCAGUAUCAGAGUCAGGUCGCAGAAGGUCAGGAGAACGGAGCGGAAGUUCCUCACCGGCAUCUUUCUUUCUGGCAACGCCAUCGUCGUUGCUCUCUGUCCUGUCUGUCCACUGAGGGAGUUUGGGGUCGUUGGACCUCAGGAGGCUGUAGGGCUGCUCCACCUUGGAACCACGUUGAGCUGCUUGAGGUCCGGAGCUCAGCCAAGGAAUCAGUGACCUUUGAGGAUGUGGCUGUGAACUUCACCCUGGAGGAGUGGACUUUGCUGAAUCCUUCACAGGAAAAUCUUUACAGAGCUGUGAUGAGAGAAACCAUCAGGAACCUGCAUGAUAUAGGACAGAAAUUGGGAGAACAGAACUCUGAAAAUGCAUACAAAAGUCCUGGGGGAAAUCGAAGAUAUCAAGUGGUAGAGAAGCUCUGUGAGUAUGAAGAAGAUAGUCAAUGGGAGGAAAUCUUCAGUGAGAUUCCGGAUCCUGUGAGCCAGAAAACGGGGAAGAACCCCUGUGGAAGCCAUGUGUGUGGAGAAGGCACCUGUGGAAGCCAUGUGUGUGGAGAAGGCACCUGUGGAAGCCAUGUGUGUGGAGAAGGCACCUGUGGAAGCCAUGUGUGUGGAGGAGGCACCACUGGUCAUUCAUCUCUGAAUGUGUCCUUUGGAGGUCAGACUAGAUGCAAAACACAUGCGUAUAAAGAACAAGGAGAGAAGCCAUGUAAAUAUAAAGACGAUGGAGUGGCUUUUGGUUCCCCCCAAAGCUUUCUGAAGCAUGAACAGUUUUACGCACAAGAGAAACCCUAUGUCUGUAAACAGUGUGAUAAAGCCUUUAAGUAUCUCAGUUCUCUUCAGAAUCAUAAAAGAACCCAUACUAGGGAAAGAAACUAUGCAUGUAAACAAUGUGGGAAAUGUUUUAAGAGACAGAGUAAUGUUCAAGUCCAUGAGAGAAAUCACACAGGAGAGAAACCCUAUGUGUGUAAGCACUGUGGGAAAGCCUAUUCUUCCUACAGUACCCUUCAAGCACAUGAAAGAAGUCACACAGGAGAGAAACCCUUUGUGUGUAAGGAUUGUGGGAAAGCCUAUACCUCCUACAGUACUCUUCGAGCACAUGAAAGAAGUCACACGGGAGAGAAGCCCUAUGUGUGUAAGCACUGUGAGAAAGCCUAUACUUCCUACAAUACUCUGCGAGCACAUGAAAGAAGUCACACGGGAGAGAAACCCUUUGUGUGUAAGGAUUGUGGGAAAGCCUAUACUUCCUACAGUACUCUUCGAGCACAUGAAAGAAGUCACACGGGAGAGAAGCCCUAUGUGUGUAAGCAUUGUGGGAAGGCAUUCACUCAAUCCAGCUACCUUCGAAUACAUAAAAGAACUCACACAGGAGAGAAACCCUACAUCUGUAAGCAGUGUGGGAAAGCCUUUGCUCGUUCUAGUCACCUGCAAAUACAUAAAAGGAGUCAUACAGGAGAAAAACCCUAUGUAUGUAAGCAGUGUGGGAAAGCCUUCGCUCAAUCCAGUUACCUUCACAUACAUCAAAGAAGUCACACUGGAGAGAAACCCUACAUCUGUAAGCAGUGUGGGAAAGCCUUCACUCGUUCUAGCCACCUGCAAAUACAUAAAAUAACUCAUACUGGAGAGAAACCCUAUUCAUGUAAGCUAUGUGGGAAAGCCUUCACUCAUUCUAAUUACCUUCAGAUACAUAGAAGAAUUCACACAGGAGAAAAACCCUAUGUGUGUAAGGAGUGUGGGAAAGCCUUUGCUCGGUCCACUUCCCUGCACAUACAUGAAGGAACUCACAGUGGCGAGAAACCUUUUGUAUGCAAGCAAUGUGGGAAAGCCUUCACUUUGUCCAGUUCCCUUCGAAGGCAUGAUGUAGUUCACUCAGAAGAGAAACCCUAUAUUUGUAAGUGUUGUGGGAAAACCUUUGAUUGUUACAGUAGCGUUCAGAAACAUGAAAAGACUCAUAGGGAAAACAGACUCUGUUAGUGUACUAAAUGUGAGGAAACUUAGUUGCUCUGAUUCCUUUAAAAUACAUGACAUAGCUGACACUGGAAAGAAACCCAAGGUUUGUAUCCACUAUGGGAUGCUUUCAUUGACCACAGUUCUUUUUGAUACCAUGAAGGAUUCCCACUGGAGAAAAUCUGGAUAUAAUACAGGGAGAUGUUCACUUAUUCUGCUUCUUUAACAAACAUGGAAAAACUUACACUGGAGAGAAAUCCUAAAUAUAGAAUGUGGAAACACUUCAUUAUCACUUGACUUUCCAAAAUUCAUGAAAAUGCGUAAUCCCUAGCAUGAGAAAAUGUUUUCUAUCCAUUUACAAAUGCAAAAUAACAGUAUAGAUAAAAAAAACCCUUGACUAAAACUGAUACACCAAAAAUAGAAUCUUCAGAUGGCCCACAUACAACAAUGCACAUAAAAUCAGAAGACUAAAUAUGAAAAACACAUACCAGUUUCUGUUCUCCUGUGUGAGAUGGCAUAUACCUAUAAUUCCAGUACUUGGGAAGCUCAAAACUAAAGAUUAAGAGUUUUGAGUUCUGGCUAUAUCGUCUAUCCAAUAAAAGAAAAUUUUGUUUGUUAUUUUUCUUCUUAAUGAUUUCAUUCAUAUAUUCAAUGAGUUAUGAACAUAUUCCUUCAUUUUCUCACUUCAACUCAUUAAAUCCAGCUAUUGCUGCACAUGUGUGCAUGAGCAUAGCCACUUCCUCAAGCUGUCAAUACCUCCUCAGUAAGGGUUGAAGGGUAGAGAUCACCUCUCCCAUCAAUGCUAGAAUUUUGACUGUCUUACCCCUAUGCAGGUAACCAUAAAUACUGUGAAUUCAUGAAUAUAAUAGCCAUAUAAUGAACAAAAGACUGAAUUUUACACUAUUCCCAUCCUCUGACUUGUAUUCUUUCUACCUCCUAGAAACAUACUUUUAAUAAAGUUUGAUUGUUGUCUUGGUUAGUGUUC